CCCCUCCCAGACACCCCCUGGCUUGGAGGCUCUGUGGGCCGUGGUUCACUAGAAUAACGAUCUAGCCUGGCCACACUCAUAUGGGUCCUUUUCCCUGGCCCUAGCACUUAUGCAGGUAUAAGGGUGUCUACACGAGGGCAUUUAUUGGUAUAGUUAUGUCCCUCCAAAAAACCCCACACCUUUAACCAACAUAACUGUCCAUAAAACUUCUCUGUGUAGACCUAGGCUCUGUCUACACUGGCACUUGAGAGCCUGUAACUUCCUGGGUCAGGGGUGUGAAAAAACACACUUACACACCCCUGAGCACAGCAAGUUGCAGCACUGGAAAGCACCAGUGCAAACUGGGGCUCCCCUCAUGGAAGUGGUUUACAUAAGAGCCACUGGGAGAGCUCUUCCCCCAGCACGCCUGCCUUGGCCACACUUUCAGUAGACAAAGAUCAGGUCUGAGGUUGUAUCUUGGGGGCAAAAGGAGGAGGUGUUCCAUCAUGUUAGUGGAGUCAGGUUGGUUUGACGUAGUUGAAAAAACUCUUAGUACCAGCAAGGAAACAAGAUACCGACUAACACGGCUACCCUUCUGAUACUCAAGGCCAAGGUCCUCUAGUUUGACAAGAUCCCCCAGGCUGAAAGCCUUCACCUAUCACUCUGCUACCCAGGAGUCCUGUUUAUAGAGCUUUACAAAUUCACCCCUAUAUAGCAUCCGACAACUGAAAAAUAUGCCCAAACAGAUGAACGGCCCAAAGAGAGAUCCUGCCAUCCAGAAUGAGCUCAAUGACUCAUUAAAAGAAGAGGUCAAAGCUUUUCUGAGUGAUGAUGAUAAAUUGCAUCUCUUUGAUGAUCUUACCAAAGUUAAUCCUGUAAACACAGCAACGGUACUGAAAUGUCUGCAAGCAAGGUACACGGUAGAUGUGUUUUAUACCAAUGCUGGCUGCAGUCUUGUGGCUGUAAAUCCAUUUCAACCUGUCUGUCGCCUCUAUUCAUCCGAGCUAAUGAACGAGUACCACGCUGCACUUCGCCCACAGGAGUUGAAACCUCAUAUCUUUACUGUGGCUGAACAGACCUAUAGAAAUGUUGGAAGCCAGAUUGAACCAAUAAACCAGUCAAUAAUUGUUAGUGGUGAAAGUGGUGCUGGGAAGACUUGGACAUCCCGAUGUCUUAUGAAAUUUUAUGCAACUGUUGCUGCUUCAUCUGCCUCUCCUAAAAGCAAUGAAACAGUGGAGAGGAUAGAGAAGAGAGUGCUGGACUCCAACCCUGUUAUGGAAGCUUUUGGAAAUGCAUGUACUCUGCGGAAUAACAACAGCAGCCGUUUUGGAAAAUAUAUCCAACUCCAGUUAAACAGAUCACAGCAUCUGACUAGUGCUUCAAUUCAAACAUUUCUAUUGGAAAAGACCAGAGUUGCUUAUCAGGCCCCACAUGAAAGGAACUUUCAUAUUUUUUAUCAGAUCACAAAAGGUGCCACAAAGGAUGAAAGGCUGGAAUGGAACCUGCCUGAGGGUGCCAAUUUCUUCUGGCUGCCAAAUUCUGAAAGAACACUGGAAGAGGAUUGCUUUGAGGUGACCAGAGAGGCAAUGUUUCAUCUGGGCAUUGACAGCUCCACACAGAACAAUAUUUUUAAGAUCUUAGCAGGACUUCUGCACCUUGGUAACAUUCAGUUCUCUGACUCAGUGGACGAAUCCCAGCCUUGUGAACCAGAAGAUAAUGCCAAAGGCUUUGUGGAGACCACUGCGAACUUGCUGAAAGUCUCCGUGGAGGAGCUGCUGGAAACCCUAAGAAUUCGAACGAUAACGGCUGGAAAACAGCAACAUGUUUUCAAGAAGCCAUGCUCCAGAAGAGAAUGUGAAACAAGAAGGGACUGCCUGGCCAAAGUUCUCUAUGCGAAAUUAUUUGACUGGCUGGUUUCAGUGAUAAAUGGAAGUAUCUGUGCAGAUUCUCCUGUGUGGACCAACUUUAUAGGUUUGUUGGACGUUUAUGGUUUUGAAUCUUUUCCUGAAAACAACUUGGAACAGCUCUGUAUUAACUAUGCCAAUGAGAAACUACAGCAGCACUUUGUAGCACACUAUCUGAAGGCACAACAGGAAGACUAUGCAGCAGAAGGUCUAGAAUGGUCUUUCAUAAACUACCAAGAUAACCAGAGCUGUCUAGAUCUGAUAGAAGGAAGCCCUGUCAGUAUCUUUUCUUUGCUGAAUGAGGAGUGUCGUCUGAACAGGUCCUCUAACGCCAGCCAAUUCCAAACCCGAAUUGAGAAUGCUUUGUCUCCUAACCAGUGUAUAAGCCGGGAUAAGUUUAGCAAGAAGCCUAACUUUGUUGUUUCCCAUUAUGCUGGCAAAGUCUGUUACCAAGUGGAAGGUAUGGUGGAGAAAAACAAGGAUCCAGUUCCACUGGAGUUACUCCAGCUUCUGAAGAAUUCCCAAGACUGCUUGCUUCAGAAGUUCUUUCCCAUGACAGAAAAGAGCCAGAAUGAUACCAAAACCCAGAACAGAACGACAGUUGUUACAGUGGUCUCCAAGUUCAAGGGUUCACUUGAAAGUUUGAUGCAGAUCUUACAUAGCACUGCACCUCAUUACAUCAGAUGCAUCAAGCCUAAUGCGGAUUGCAAAGCGAUGACUUUUAAAAAAGAAGAGGUUCUCAAUCAGCUGGAAGCAUGUGGCAUAGUAGAAACUAUCAGCAUCAGUGCAGCUGGAUUUCCUAUUCGGAUCUCCUUCCAAAGUUUUAUUGAGCGUUACAGAGUAUUGGGAAAACCACGUACAUCUACCUCAGUGUCAGAUGAAAAUGUUUUCUCUUCGGCUGAGAUCAAAAGAGGUUUGGCUCCAACAGCCGACAAAGAUGAAGCGUUACGCUUUGUCAUCCAGGAUAUUCUUCAGAAAGUGACAGUGGGACACAGUGCUGUUUCCCUGAAGCAAACCGAGACCAAACUAAACAAACCAUCAAUGUACUGUGGAAAAACCAAAGUCUUUUUGACUAACUCCAUGCUAGAACAACUUGAAGCUAGAAGAGCGGCAGUAUUAUCUGAGAGUGCGUUUUGCAUUCAGUGUUGCUGGAGAAGAUUUAAGCAGAGGAAGCUAUCAAAGCAGAGCUGGUCUGCUACCAUCAUCCAAGCAGGUGUUCGUGCUUGGUUGGCAAAAAAACAUUUCCAAAGAAUGCGGCGGGCUGCUACUCUGAUAAAGCAUGCCUGGAGGAAAUGGCAAGCAAGAAUGGCUGCCCUGGCAGCAAAGGAGCUGGAUUACACAGAAGAAAACCUCCAUUCCUGCAUCCUGGGAGCUACCAUUUCCUUGUCACCUCGUCCGCUUGAAAAGAUGUGGCCUCUAAGUGCAAUCAUCCAGUUCUGGCCACUUGGACUAGUUCUAUCUACUGCCCCCUUGGCAGUGGGUGGGUUUCGAAGAGACCUGUCCCGUCUGGCAUGCUUGAAAAUACCUCACCGGACCAAUGGGUACACCAUGAAGAGCACUCUGUUCAGCUGCGGUGUCACCUCCAUUAGAGCACUCCCACAGGGCUCUGUCAAAUUUCAUUGCAAGAAGUCUCCACUGCCUCAUGCAAACAUCAGUCCGCACACCCAAGCUUGUACCAUCACUGGAUUCAACCAAAUCUUACUUGAUAAGAAAAAACUGCUCACUACAUAAUGUGGAUUUGGGGGCAUCUUAAGUAUUUAUUGCACUUUUUCCUUCAAGGAAGGACUUCUUCCAAGAGGCUGCUUUUAAAUGUUUUAAUCUAGCUACAUUUUUUCUGCUUGAGAUGGAGCAAGUUAAAAAUAUCUGCUGCUAUAUUCAAGCCUUAAUUUUUUUUCCCUAGUAGACACUUUUCUAAGUAUAAGGUUACAGGUAUAUUAACUGUUAACACUUCCUCCAUUACCUAAUGGAGAAAGAAAGAAAUCUGCGCUCAAACCAAGAAAACACUAUAGUAGAACUACAAACAAUCAGAACAACCUUUAAUAGGCAGGGAUGUUAAAUUAAAUUUAACUGACUAGUCGAUGGAUUUUCCAUCAAUUAGUCGAUAAGCAGGGGCAGUCACAGUGGGGUUUAAAAUGUCCAUUUAAAUGUAUUUAAAGAGGCUGGUGUACAGCAGAGGACCCUGCACAAGCCGGGAAUCAGCUGUCCCAGCUCACGCUGGGUCCCUCCUGCUGUGUUUUAGCUUUUUAAAUGUAUUAAACGCUGAGAGGCACAGAAUCUGGGACUGGCAGUGAGCCGGGAACCAGGGCCCCGCUCCCCUCCACCGGAGAUGGUGCUGGGGGAACCAGCUCCUGCCUCCCCCCACCUUGAUGCCUCUGAUAGAGACAGCAAGGGUGGGAGGAAGUGACUAGUUGACUGAUUGA